AUGAAUUUCGACAUUUCGUUCAAUUUUAUAAAAAUCAAGAAUUUAAUAGUUAGUAGAGUAAAAGACGAGAAAAUGAGAAGAUAUUAUCCCAUGAAUUCGACUCCUUUCCUAUCAACUUUUCAGUUUUCACCAUUAACUUCGAUGUUGAAAUAAAGGAGAAGUGAAAGCACAAUAUAGCCAGUAGGUAACUAGGUAUGAAUGUUUAAAUAAUCAAAAUUUUCGAAUCACAAUACCGUCUUUAAUUUUGUUGAAGAUCCGUUGAUUAGUUUUUCAAUUUCCUCAAUGGUUAAUGGUUUCCCCUCAAAAUAUUUCAUGCUCUCAUCGGAUAGCAAGCAAGCUGGAGAACAUUGGUUCAUCAAUAAAACAAGUACCUAAACAAACAGAUCGGGAUCGGAUAAUUAUGUGUACUUAUUUUAUGACACCUUGGAUUUUAAAACGAAAAGUAAAUAUUUCUUAUUCAGUAAAAAUAGACCUACUUGAUAAAAUUGACUCUCCAUUCACGAAGCACUGUAGUAAAAGCAGGAUGCAGAUCACUAAGACAGAGCGGUAAAUCGAUUUUUCAAAACGUCCCAAAUCAGGGGAAUCUAAAAAAAAAAAAAAAAAAAAAAAAACAGCAAAAUACAAAUUGAUGCAUUAAACUAGCAUUUGAAAAUUGAAAAUGCGAUAGGUAGGUAGGUACCAUGAUUUAUUUUUCUUGAUGGAAAGGAUAUUGAGUACGGGUCCUCGCCGAUCACCACCAUAUCACCACGUGAUGACACCAGUGAUAACAAUGUAAAGCUGAGACAUCGAGAGAAGAGCUAAAAAGGAAGACCAAAACUGUUUCAAAACAUCAAAAGCACGAUUUAUUUCGAUUUCAAUUUUAUUUUCAGUUCUAUUAAAGAAUUUUAGAGAUCCCACUUCAUGCUGAACGUUUAAAUUGUUACAUUAUCAAAAAUCCUAGUUUGUUGUGAAAAGAUGGUCCACCUACUUUACGUGCAAAAUUUACCGUAAGAAUUUACUGUUCAUACUUUAGUGAAGAAAUAUGUAGUAGAAGCUGAUAUUAUCUACUCGUAGAUUAACGUAGGUAGCAUUUUUUAUUCGAACGUAGCCAUCUAUGCGGAUUUGUUGAAACGUGUUUUGAUAGGGUAUACAACUAUAUACAUACUUAUACGUAAUUAUGGCAGAGAAGGCGACAACAACGGUUAUUUAUUAUAUUGAUGAUGAAGAAACACCCUAUUCGAUCGAAGUACCCAUUUCUCCAAGGAAUAUGACAUUGGCUCAUUUCAAAAAAUUAUUCCACUGUUCAAACUAUAAAUUCUUUUCAGAAUCUGCGCACGUUCGUUUGGGUCCAGUAAAAAAAGAAAUUAUCGAAGAUAACGUUAAUUUACCUUCCGUCAAUGGAGAAGUCGUUUUGUGGGCCAAAAAACUAAAACACUUGGAAACAACUUCAUCAGAAACAACUUCAUCAGAAACAACUUCACCGAGUUCACAUCAUCACACGAACACGUUUAUACCGGUUUUUUUGCACCUGGCGAAAGAAGCUUUCUUUGUCGAUAAAAGCUUGCUAAUUCCUGUCUUAUCAAAAUACAUUUUCGGCGAUGAACUCAACGUUGAGGAUAUUUGGAACUAUCGCGAUCCUGUCCUUAUUGUAGGCCCCAGGCUUUUUGGCAAGACGACCAAUCUGAGCUUAUUUCAAGGGUUCUUGGAUGCCAGCAUUCCGCGAGAUGUAGUUUCAACUUUGAAAGUCAAUCAGAUCUCUGCAGCUAUGGAUUUAUAUGGCCGAUUUUGUACCGUAUAUAUAUGUUUUGCUUGGUGUGCCGACGCCAUUACAUCAGCUGAAGAGUGCAGACAUGCUUGUGCUCAUAUUUUACACACAACUUUUUCGAAACACAAAUAUUUGCUAUCUAAUAUGAAACCGACGAACAUGGAAACGUUCAAAGAUUGGAUCGACGCGAAGAAGUAUCUGGAAAAAACACCCGACGAAAUUUCCGACGGUCUUUCAUUUCUCGUUGAUUGUUUACUCUUUUACCACGAUUAUAAAAAACCCGUGGUAUUAUUCGUCGACGAAUUCGGCACGCUGUUUUAUCGAGCACUCUACAAUGUCGAAAACGAAAAUACUUUGAAAAGCGUCGUGAAUGUGUACUCAAACAUGUUAGGACGAGUCGUUAAGUUGCAGAAAAAAUGCCACGCCGUCUUUACUGGUGUAGCAGCGUGCACAAGCCAUGUCAUGUCUUCAUUGGACAACAUCAGAGUGAAGAGUUUUCUCAACGAUGAAGAACUAGCUACCUUUUAUGGCAUGACUGAAUCCGAAUUUGAAAAGGUGUUAUCUCACAAAGACAUCCCCGAAACGAUCAAGCGACAGAAAGAGGAAGCUAAGCUGUAUUAUAACGGUUAUAAUAACGUUGGGAAUUCCAUUUAUAAUAUAUUUUCCGUGGUAAAAUUUAUCAAAGCAGGAAAAAUUGACGGUUAUUGGCGCCAGUCUGGCAUCGCAGCCGGGUUAACUUCAGCAAUUAAGUAUCGCAAGUGGAGAAAAAAUAUUACUAAACUAUUAUCAGGUGCAGAUAUCGAAAUGAAAUUACACGAUAAUAUUAACACAGUAGACUUUCACCUUAUCCGAGAUGAAUGUUUCGAAAUCGAUAAUUUCGAAUUCUUGAUGAAUUUUUUGUUGCAGCAGGGGUAUUUGACUGUGGCUAAAAACACCGAAAAUAGAAAGGCUACAGUCAGAAUUCCCAAUGUAGAAAUACGUGAAGAACUGCAUCAUCAAUUAUCGUCAAUGUUUAACCAAAACUACACUUUCGAUCAAAACGAGAUUAAGAAAUGCCAGCGAAUACUUAUGAAUAUUGACAUUGAAAAUGCUGAUCAAUGCAAGCAAACAAUGCGUGAUUUCAAGGCAUCUUUGAAUAAGCUAACUAUCGGCUUCGAGAAAGAACAAGUCAUCAAUGAAGCUUAUUGGAUCGAAGCUUUGCUUUUUCACUUAUUCGUUGAGCAGUUCACUGUACAACAUCAAGUCGAGACCGCAAAAAAAAAGAAAAUGAACACUGCUCGAAUUCUCGAUACGUUCAUUCGUACGGGUAGUCAUUGUAUUGUGUUCGAAGAAAGCGUGAAAGAUUCAGCAUUGGAGUCAAUAAGGGAAUUAGUAUCGAAAAAGUAUCACCUUGAAUCUGAGGCUACCAAAUUACCGUUCGUGUUGAUCGGACUGAGUGUUAAAGACGGAAAUAAUGGUUCCUAUUGGAUAGGACUAGCAUAUCUAAGAAAUACGUAUUUCAUCGGUGAUGUGGAAUUACUCGAAGAAGAAGACGUGUAAAACCCAAUUAAGUGUUCGUGAUUUUUUUUAAGGAUUUGCAUUUUUGUACUUUUUUUAUGCCAUUAUUAUGUUUUUUUAAAAUUUUUUCAUUCAUUUAUGGCUUAUGAGAUGGAUAACCAUAAUAUCUAGGGAUGUAUUUAAUGUAGGUGAUUUACUAUCUCAAAUAAAAGAUUAAUAAUUU